AUGCCAUCCAGUGUUAAUCAAUCAUCUAUAUUCAUAGCUGGGAGGUUCGAUGUUCAAGACAAAUUCGCAAUCCAAUUCAUCAAUUUCAUCGAUUUGUUAAAGUUCAUAACGGAUUUGGAACUAGAGUUUCCCAAAUUCGCAAACGAAAUCAGUUGGAAUCAGAAUUUCUUCGUUGUUCUUGAAAUUGGAAUCGAAGUUCUGGACUCGCAGUCACAGUUGACAUUGAAGGACUCAGAAUCGAUGGCUUCUACUUCUGGAACUAAGAAGCCUAAAGGGCCUAAGCUCCCUGAGAAGACAUAUCUUCCAGACUCUAACUCCGAUGAAGAUGCAUUUGAAUUUAGCUUCUUGGAUUUUUCUGAAGAAACUUUCAAAGCCCCCUUAAGACUAUGUGAUGAUCAGUUGCUUAAAUUAUUGUGUGAUGAAAACGUAUUAAGGAGGAGUAUUGAUGGAAUGGUAGAUGAUGGAGACAUUCCUGGUGUCUAA